AUGCCGCUUUCUCCAAGAAAAUUUGUUUCAACUGUAACUAACUCAACUGUGAAUAAAGGAGUGGAAGCAAGAGAAACGGAAAUUGCAAACAUUCGUUUGGACGCUGAAGUGAUAAGUUCAGACCGCGGAGCCACUGACAGUGGUGAUUGGGCUGGGGAACAUUGGGGCCGAGCUGGUGCCCCUGAAGCCGCAAGAGGUGGAGGAGUAAUGGCUGCCGGCGACGCACCAGGAGCUCCUCCUCCUCUCACAUCACCUUCCACUGAUCAGUCAGCCUCUUACGUACAGGUGGUAGUGCAGAAACAACGACGAGUUGGAUCUCGUCAUCCGGUAGCAUCCAGCCCCUUGCAUACAGAGCCAGUGCGAUCUGGUUUACCUAUUGCUAGUUUAGACAAUAAGACUUUACCCGCAACGGUUUUGCUUGCCUGUCCGGCUUUCGCAGCCCUUCAUCAACACUCCUGGAAUGGAGCACGCGGCUUAGGUGAAUCUGGUGGCCAGAUCAAUGAGACUGCGAUAAGGAAAGAAAAAAACGACGUACAGGAACUCCUCGAGACUCCCGAUGAGAAUAUAAAGAAGCUUUACUUCUGGCAGAAAAUGCAACGGACCUGUAAGCAUCAAGUUGACGAUUACGAUGAAGGUCCGGAUUGCGUGGAGGUAUAUGCGUUUGAGAGCGGUUGUGGGGCGCUCGUGUCUCGAGGAACGGGACACGUAUCUCGUUUGGAACGUGGAGUUCGGAAAGCCGCACGUCCUGCAGCCAUUUUUCUCAACGAAUUACUUGCUAUACCACGACUAGCAUUUAGCGGUGUCCUUCACGUUGCCCUUCAGCUGCAAAGAUGCUUGCUGCUCAGUUUACGCGAGGCAGUGACAGGGGCAGUACAGACUACAGUUGACGUGCUGGUGAAGCCAUUAUUGGCGCUCGCCUUCAACUCUGUACUCCGUCCACCUCUGGUGUGUGUGGCACAGACUGCUGGCGCGAUAAGAGAAGCUUUACGGCCUCUCUCUUUAGCACUUAUUGAUGCCCAAGAACCCUUCGCGAGUCUAAUAUCAUCCCUUCGUUUGGUUCAAGUUGAAACACACUGCACGCGCUCAGGAACACACAACGUUUAG